AUGCUUCCAAGCAACACUGUCUUGAUGGGUUUCUUGAUAUCCCAACUCUGCCUGGGUGUCAUAGGGAACUCGUUGCUCUUCGUGCUGUAUGUGUACAGCUUCUUGGUCAAAGCUCGCUCUAGCAGACCUAUCGAUCCCAUUUUCAUGCACCUGAUGAUAGUCAAUAUAUUGACGAUCCUAUUUGCUAUGAUAUCAUAUAUCGUGUCAUCCUUUGGAGUCAGACAUUUUCUGGAUGAUGCUGGCUGUAAGGCAGUUUUAUAUGUGUUCAGAGUCACCCAGUGUCUGUCCAUCAGCACCACCUCUAUUCUGAGCACAUUCCAAGCCAUUACCAUCACUCCCAGUUAUUCAAAGUGGGCGUGGCUUAAGCCUAAACUGCCAUUGUGGAUGUUUAUCUCCUUCCUGGUUUCCUGGUUCAUCAACACGCUCAUAUAUGUGUACAUCAUUGAGACUGUGAUAGCAAAGAUCAACGACACUGACGUUGAUUACGGAUAUUCUCAUGCUUACUGUAAAAGACUACCUAAUACCCGCCAUCAAGGAUUAUUCCUGAGUGUUAUCACAGUAGGAGACAUCUUCUUUAUGACCAUCAUGAUAUGGACCAGCCUGUACAUGGUGACUCUCCUUCACAGACACCGCAGGAUAACCCAGAAUCUCCACGGCCCAAGCCUCUCCAGUCAGCCGUCUCCUGAACGCAGAGCCACUCACAGCAUCUUAUGGCUGGUGAGCUGCUUUGUGCUCUUUUACUUGCUGAACAAUUUCAUCACCCUUAGUGGGUUUUAUGCUCGUGAAAAAAGGCCAGCAUUGGGGGCCAUCGUUGUAAUUGUGUCGUCCGUCUACCCCACUCUCUGCCCAUUUUUACUAAUGAGCAAUAAUAGAAUAAUUUCACGGUUUAUUUCUUCUUUAUCAACCCUGAGAAUUACCUGUUUUCAAAGAACAUUUGGUGACUGA